AUGCCAAGUGCACGUUCCUUGUUGCUGUACACUGCUUCAGCAUUGUUUAUAUCCUCCUCCAUCGUUUCCGCUAUCCCUAUUCAACUCCAAAAAUCGUUUACAGGCGCAACAAUCGCACCAUCCACUUUUGUGCAAGACACACUUGCUGAGUACUAUGAAGAAAUUGUAGAUCAAGUCAUGGAAGUUGUCAGCGAAAGCAUGUAUGCAUCAGCACCAACAACGUUAAUGAGUGCUCGUCACUAUCAAAUCAAAGACGAUGUCGAGUGCCGUACAUCGCUUUCACUGUUAAUGCCAUCACUCGAAAACCAAUUGUCUCAGUUGCGAGCCAACCUUAAUUCAUCCAUACGCCCUCUACUUGUAAAUAACUUGCGAGUGGUCGUUCGUGGCCAGGAUGCCAUGAUUGAUCUCAACCAUCGACUCGCUUAUCAACUUGGAACAUUGAUCCGUGCUGAACAAACAGCUUCGACGAUCGUUCGAGAAUCUAUGGUGGAUUCUGCUGCUUUCAAUCAAUGCGUGGAAAUGGAUUCUGCUACCGUCAUCAAUGCCAUUCUCAAUUCCUUGUUUUCAACUACUUCCACAACAACAGCGUCCAAAGACAACACAAUGUCAUCAUUGCCACCACCCAAAGCAAACGAAGCUGUCAACACACGUCAAUGGCUACGUUCCUGGUUCCAUGAUAUUGGUGGUAUCCUCGCUAUCGAGUUCGACAAGCGUAUACACCAAGGUGUAAAGAUCGUGCUUGAAAACUACCUAACUGAACAAGCAACCUUGUAA